UCGAGGACUAUGGAUAAAAUUUAACCGGAACGAUCAGAUAGAUAUUUCAUCAAGGCUAUUUGUCUAGUUUGAGCUCACCUGCUCUGUUUCCUUUUUUAUACUCUAUAUAUCUCUGCAAGAGAUUAAGGAAAUCUUUGGCUAGGGUUAGGGUUUUCAUUUUUGUUUCUGUUUCUCAAUUUCAGAGCUUUAAUGGAAGAGAUUACAGAGGGAGUGAACAACAUUAACUUCACCGGUGAUUUGCACAAGAAAAAUCGUAUUCAAGUCUCCAACACCAAGAAGCCCUUAUUCUUCUACGUCAAUCUCGCCAAGAGGUACAUGCAGCAGCACAACGAGGUGGAACUGUCUGCACUUGGAAUGGCUAUUGCCACCGUUGUCACUGUUGCAGAAAUUCUGAAAAACAAUGGAUUGGCUGUUGAAAAGAAGAUCAUGACUUCAACGGUUGAUAUGAGAGAUGAAUCAAGAGGGCGGCCUGUCCAAAAAGCCAAGAUCGAGAUAUUGCUGGGGAAGACUGAAAACUUUGAUGAAUUGAUGGCAGCUGCUGCUGAAGAAAGGGACAUUGUAGAUGGUGAAGAGCAGAGUUGAAAAUGGGAUGCUCCUUAUUAUCUGAGGGUCUGUUUUCGAUGAAUUAUUAGCCAAUAACACUUUUAAUAAGUCAAUUUCUUAGAUUCUAGGUGCCUGAGGUGAUGUGAAAAUUUUUUAUGCUAGAAGCAUAGAAACAAAAUAUGUCUGCUAUCCAAGAUUCAAUUUUGAUGCCAAAUAUUUUUGGUUUUGAUUGAUUUUGCUACAA